AUGAAUCCACAAUCGAAAGGAUUAGCAGUCGAAGAUUCCUUGGCCACCGACUACCUAUCAGAGCAUCACCUUGAACUCACACUAGAUGGACAUUAUAUCCGCUGGCGCCGUGACAAUCCGAUUCAUCCAAGAAAUUGGCCUGUCUUGCGGAAAUGCUUUGACACUGGUCUCAUCUGCCUUCUGGACUUUGUUCUAUUCCUGCUUGGUCAGGUAAUAGGGUCGAUUGUCUUACCCCCAUGGUCUGAAACAUUCGGUCGCAAAAGACUCUAUCUCAUUAGCAGUGCUCUAAGCUCAGUCUGCUGUGUGGUAGUAGGCGUUCCUCACUCCCUUGCUGCAGUAAUAAUUGGACGCGUGGGGACUGGAAUGCUUGCUGCCAUCCCUUACACUGUUGGUGGAGGCAGUGUCGAAGACAUGUGGUCUUCUCGACCACGGAUAUGGGUGAUGUUCUUGUGGACCAUUGCAUCGAACCUCGGCUUGUGUAUCGGACCUAUCAUGGGCACAUACGUUAGUACAUUGUUGAACUGGAGGUGGCUCUUUUAUAUAUAUGCGAUCAUCAUCGGGCUUAUGAGCGUCCUCUUCACGUUCAUCCGGGAGUCUCGACCAUCUCUUUUGCUUACACGAGAAGUCGAUAAGCUCUGUCGCUACACUGGAAAGCGCUUCCAAGCCUUAAACCAUGAUCACCACCCUGACCUCCGCACCUUUCUUAAGGUUGCUCUAUUCCGACCUGCUAUUCUCUUCCUCCGAGAGCCAUUGGUAUUCAUCAUAUCCAUCAUGAUUGCUUUCGCCUUUUCUCUUCUCUACAUCUUCACAGAAGCACUACAACCGAUUUACCAAACAAUUGGGUUCUCUCACACACAAUCCUCCUUAGCCUUUCUUGCCAUCGCCUGCGGCAUCUGGUUCAGCACUCUCACACGACUCCUCGAUAAUCGAGUCUUCGAUACUCGCCGGCGCAAGAACCUACCGUUCAAGCCCGAAGAUAAAUUGUUAGGCCUUGCUAUCGGUGCUCCGGUGCUGGCGGUCAGUUUGUGGUGGUUCGCCUGGACCAUUCCACCAAAGGCAUCGAAUACACACUGGAUAGUGCCAUCCGUCCCUCUAGCAAUGAUGGGGUACGCGUUGAAUGAAUUCGAUACCGUACUUUAUUGUUACUUAGGGGAUUGCUACCUGAGUUACUCGGCCAGCGCUACAGCUGCGGUGGCUUUCCUCCGCGCCUUGCUAUCCGGGGUAUUUCCAUUGUUUACCAAACAAAUGUUUGAAGGCCUUACGGCAAAUGUGGCUGUUUCAGUUCUUGCUGCUCUGGCAACUGUGUUCUGUAUAGUUCCUCCGCUAUUUAUAUUCUAUGGAGAGCGGAUCCGAGACCGAAGUCCGUUUGCUAAGCAUAGCGUUUUCAUAGCGGGGGAACUUGGAAAUAAGGAAGAGGAUUAUUGA